AAUGUGCAGGGAUUGGAGGCCAGCGAGGCUGGUCAGCAACUGCUUAGGAGAAGUAGGCUCAGAGAUGGGGAGGUGGUAGGACCUGCUGCUCUUAGCUUCAAGGGCCAUGACACUGGUAACAGGGUUGCUGCUGCUGCUGCUGGCCGUCAAUAUUGGUCUGGCCCAGAAGAGUCUGGAAGAGGUGCCAGUGCAGCCGGACUUUGAUGCACAGAAGGUGGAAGGACGUUGGCUUACCAUCCGGCUGGCCACCAGCCUCAAGGACCUGUUCUUGCCUACUGACCCCCUGAGACUUUCUCUUCACUCCAUUUGGACCAGAGACAGUGGGGAUGUGGACUUUGUGCUGUUUGAGAUAGGUAAAGGGGUCUGCACAGGAUUCAAUGUUACCGUCCGUCCAACUGGGCUCCAAGGCCAGUACCAAGGAACCACUGAGGCGGGCAGCUUGCAAGUCCAUUUCGUCAGCACUGACUACAGCAACCUCAUUCUUUAUGUGCGCUUUGAGGACAACGAGGUCACCAACCUGUGGGCACUUCUAGCAAGAAGAAUGCUUGAGGACCCUACAUGGCUGGGGAAAUACCUGGUGUUUGUAGAGAGAUUCCACCUUCAAAAGGCCCCCAUCUUCAACACAGCUGGCCAGUGUCCUCCAGAUGGGACCUAG